ACGUGGUUACAUGGCAGAGUUUAGGACCCAGAGAUUAUUCUCUCUCGCUCGCUCUCGCUCUCGCUCUCUCUUUCUCUCUCUUGGCUUAAAGCCUGUGACAGCUGACCGAAAAUCAAUGAAGUGUACUUUAAGGAGCUUCACAGUGAUGCAAGAUAAGGCUCAAAAGCUAUUCUCCUAACCUUUUAGCCCUCACGCUUUAGAAUGGUUUUGUCUUAACUCAUUUCUCGCAUGGAAGUUGUUUGCCUAUGAAAAGCCAGAGAUUCAGCUGGAGAUGCUGCUGCUAUGAUGAGGGUGCUAGAUUUUAUUAUACUGUCCCUCUUCUGUGCUAACAGUUCAGCUUUUACUGUGUUCAGCUCAUUUGCCGAGAAUGAAGAUGCCCUCUUGCGGCACUUAUUUCAUGGGUACCAAAAAUGGAUCAGACCAGUAAAAAAUUCCAAUGAUACCAUCAAAGUGUACUUUGGAUUAAAGAUAUCCCAGUUAGUAGAUGUGGAUGAAAAGAAUCAGUUGAUGACAACAAAUGUGUGGCUGAAACAGGAAUGGAUCGAUCAAAAUUUGUGCUGGAAUCCUGAGGACUAUGGUGGAAUCACUGCAAUUCGGGUCCCAUCGGAAUCACUCUGGCUCCCAGAUAUUGUUUUGUUUGAAAAUGCUGAUGGGCGCUUUGAAGGCUCAUUGAUGACCAAAGCAAUAGUCAAAUACAAUGGAAUAGUUGUCUGGACUCCUCCGGCCAGUUAUAAGAGUUCCUGCACUAUGGAUGUGACCUUCUUCCCAUUUGAUAGGCAAAAUUGUUCAAUGAAAUUUGGAUCAUGGACCUACGAUGGCAACAUGGUUGACUUAAUCCUAGUAGAUGAAAAUGUGGACAGGACAGAUUUCUUUGACAAUGGGGAAUGGGAAAUCCUAAAUGCAAAGGGAAUGAAGGGAAACAGAAAAGACGCAUUAUAUUCCUACCCUUUCAUAGCCUAUUCCUUCGUUUUAAGACGCCUCCCACUGUUUUACACUCUCUUCUUAAUAAUCCCUUGCCUGGGAUUAUCUUUUUUGACUGUGCUUGUUUUUUAUUUGCCUUCUGAUGAGGGAGAAAAGCUCUCUCUAUCAACCUCUGUUUUAGUCUCUCUUACGGUUUUUCUUCUAGUCAUUGAAGAAAUUAUCCCCUCUUCCUCCAAAGUCAUACCCUUGAUUGGCGAGUACUUGUUGUUCAUCAUGAUUUUCGUAACUCUGUCCAUCAUUGUGACUGUUUUUGUAAUUAAUGUGCACCAUCGGUCCUCGACAACCUACCAUCCAAUGGCUCCUUGGGUGAAAAAACUCUUCCUUCAGAAACUCCCCCGACUCCUCUGCAUGAAAGGACAUGUAGAUCGCUAUUCAUUUUCCGAUCCUGAAGGAACACUGAAAGCAAAGCUGGCAAGAAAACACAAACACAAACAAUUCAAAGACGGAGAAAAAAUUGUGAUUGCAUUCCUGGAAAAGGCUGCUGAUUCUAUCAAGUAUAUCUCCAGGCAUGUUAAGAAGGAACACUUCAUCAGGCAGGUAGUACAAGAUUGGAAGUUUGUGGCUCAGGUCCUUGACCGCAUCUUCUUGUGGCUGUUUUUGGUGGUGUCUGUGAUGGGUUCAGUUCUUAUUUUCACCCCUGCAUUAAAAUUGUGGUUGCAGAGUGGUGUGUAGAAAUUUCCACAUUUCCUUACAUAAAAAUCUACUGAAGGAAGAAAGUGAGAUGUGAAGAUUGAUGGUUAGCUAGUGCAGCAUCAAUGGCAAUCAGUGUUGAUAAUUGUACAACUAAAUCACAAAUCAAGUUUUAAUCUUUCAAAGUGUUGCACAAAUGAAGAAAUCAGCUUCUGUGUCUAUGUUUACCUGCUAACUCAGAUGCAGUAGCCAACAGAUGAUCAACCUAUAGAUCAACAUAAACCGGGCAUACAGUGGGUAUAGGAAAGAAUCACCCCUUUUGAUAGACCAUUGGCCUCUUGGUAACCUCUCUUACCAGUUUCCUCCUUGCUCUUCCAUCCAGUUUGGAGGACCGACCGGAUCCAGGGAGGAUAGCAGUCCACCAACACCUACCAUCCAAUGUGACCGAACUUGAACAGUUCAGUAUGGAGGAGUGGGCAAAUAUUGCUCCGUCUAGAUGUGCAAGGUUGAUAGAAAAGUAUCCCAACAGACUCAAGGCUGUUAUUAAAGCAAAAGGUGGUUCAACAAAAUAUUGACAUGGGGGGGGGCGUGAUCCUUUUUCAUUCUCAGUAAUUCUUGUUUUUUAUUUCUGACACUUUUUCUGGACUGUAAUUGUGAUGUUUUUCAGUUGGAUGUUAUAGGUUGCAUUGGAUAAGUACAGCUGGUGAAGAGAAUUUUCUUUGUGUUUUCAUUUCAGGAUGUAAGGGAACCAGAAUUCAAGGUCUAUCAAAGGUGGUGAUUCUUUCCUAUACCCACUGUAUCUGCACUACAAACAUAUUCUGAGCUUGCAAAGAAUUAUGGAAAUUGUAGCUGGUGAGGAUGCUAAUAAUUAUUUGUUAGAAAUCCCCAUCCCUUUCUCAUAGCGCUGUCAAUGAGAAAGGCUAGCAGUCCCAGGGAGAGGGAAUUACACCCCCCUGUGGUGUAGAUAUAGCCAUUUUGGGGGAAAGCUUUUAAAAAAUGCUUAAAAUUAUUAAGAUAGCAAUAUUUAUUUUUGACAGUGGGAAGGUUUUAUAGAAUUCCUCUAUGAUCAUGAAAAAAAACUCCUCAUUAAUUUUAAGAGAUGAUCCAUAUAAGUGGACCUUGCAUAAUUUUAUUCAGCCAUUUUAAAUCUGAUUUCAGUAUUCAAAUGUAAACACUCCAUUUGAUGCAAAUAGCCUACAGAAAGGUGAGAGUUUGUUGCACUAAAUAAUUUUUUAAAAAGAUGUUUAGUAAUAUAUGAAGGCAUAGGGUACUUGUGCACAAGGUUUACAAGGAGUAAGUAAAAUAAGCACAGAUAUUUUAUAUUUUAAUCUAUAAAUAUGUCUAAAUUAAUAACAGAGUUUAUAUGUGUAUUGUGCAAUAAAGACGUAUGAAUAUUAUUACAAGUAA